GUGUCCUGUCCCUCCAUGCCUUGUCCCCAGUCCCUCUCCAGCUCUCCUGGAGCCCCUUCAGGCCCUGCAAGGGGCUCUCAGGUGUCCCUGGAGCCUUCUCUUCUCCAGGUGACCCGGGGCACCGCCACACGCCGCAGCCGCCUCAAGCGCUCGGACGGCAGCACCACCUCCACCAGCUUCAUCCUGCGCCAGGGCUCAGCAGAUUCGUACACGAGCAGACCCUCGGACUCUGAUGUCUCUUUGGAAGAGGACAGGGAAGCAAUCCGCCAGGAAAGGGAGCAGCAGGCAGCCAUCCAGCUUGAGAGGGCCAAGUCCAAACCGGUAGCAUUUGCUGUGAAGACCAACGUGAGUUACUGUGGAGCUCUGGAUGAAGAUGUCCCUGUGCCAAGCACUGCCAUCUCUUUCGAUGCCAAGGACUUCCUGCACAUCAAAGAGAAAUACAACAACGACUGGUGGAUAGGGCGGCUGGUGAAGGAGGGCUGCGAGAUCGGCUUCAUCCCCAGCCCCCUGCGGCUGGAGAACAUCCGCAUCCAGCAGGAGCAGAAGAGGGGCCGCUUCCAUGGAGGGAAAUCCAGUGGGAAUUCUUCUUCAAGCCUUGGAGAAAUGGUUUCUGGCACAUUUCGGGCCACACCCACUGCCACAGCAAAACAGAAACAGAAAGUGACAGAGCAUAUUCCCCCCUAUGAUGUAGUGCCAUCAAUGAGACCUGUUGUCUUGGUGGGUCCAUCACUCAAAGGCUAUGAGGUGACAGACAUGAUGCAGAAAGCUCUCUUUGACUUCCUGAAGCACAGGUUUGAUGGCAGGAUAUCCAUAACCAGAGUGACAGCUGACAUCUCCCUGGCCAAGAGGUCUGUGCUCAACAACCCCAGCAAGAGGGCCAUCAUCGAGCGCUCCAACACCCGCUCCAGCCUGGCUGAAGUGCAGAGCGAGAUUGAAAGGAUCUUUGAGCUGGCAAGGUCCUUACAGCUGGUUGUCCUGGAUGCAGACACCAUAAAUCACCCUGCCCAGCUCAUCAAGACAUCUUUAGCCCCAAUUAUUGUCCACGUGAAAGUGUCCUCUCCAAAGGUUCUGCAGCGACUGAUCAAGUCCAGGGGCAAGUCACAGAGCAAACACUUGAAUGUGCAGCUGGUGGCAGCUGAUAAACUGGCACAGUGCCCACCAGACAUGUUUGACGUGAUCCUGGACGAGAACCAGCUGGAGGACGCGUGCGAGCACCUGGCCGAGUACCUGGAGGCGUAUUGGCGAGCCACCCACACCACCAGUACCACCCCCCUGACCCCCCUGCUGGGCAGGAACCUGGGAUCCACCGCCCUGUCCCCGUAUCCCGCUGCCAUCUCGGGACUGCAGAGCCAGCGCGGGCGGCGCGGCCCCCCGGCCCCGGACGGCUCUCCCGCCGAGCGCCGCGGCCUCGGCCCCCCGGACGAGAACUACCACAGCGACAGGGCUCGCAAGAGCAGGAACCGCCUGUCUUCCAGCUCCCAGCACAGCCGAGACCACUACCCCCUCGUGGAGGAAGAGUUCUCCGACUCGUACCAGGACUCCUACAAACCCCACCGGACCCGGGGGUCCCCCGGCGGGUACAGCCACGACUCCCGGCACCGGCUGUGAGCCGCCACCAGGAUUGCUCCCGGGAGAACCUCCCAUCCCCGUAGCUUAGGAACGAGAUCCGAGUCAUCUCCGUGCGGCGGGUGUGACACCCGACACUGCGGGUGUGCGCUCUGCUCUCAUUGAUGUUAAUUCGGGGCGACGAAACCCCACCCGGCCCUUCCGUUUCUGCCCGUUCAUGGGGGUUGUUUUGGGGCUUGGUUUUGGUUUUGGUACAUUUGAUGCAUUUAUAGCCGUAUUUUUUUCUUGUCCUUAGGUAUUAGACACGUCCGUUUGUAAUUUCGGGUACCUAUCGAGGCACUUAUAAAACGAUUUCCUCUGCUGGAAAUUCCAAAUGACCAGUUCCAGUUGGAACCAAUUUAUAAACCAAUUCCUGUUGGAAUUUGGGUGAAUUGACUGGAAAGUCGACGUGAGCAUGUUGCAAACAGUUGGGAAAAAAACCAACCAAACAAACAAACACAAACAUACAAAGAAAAAUCUGACAAUUAAAAAAAUCACUGGAAGCCACAAAGUCAGCUCCGGUGUUUGUUUGCUGGAAUUUCCGCUUCCAGUUAGAAUAAAAGGGUUUCUAUUCUGCUGAUUUACUUCCAGAAUGGCUUUUUUCACACAAACCAAAUGUAAACUCUCUAGAGUGCCAAAUAUCCCAAAUUAUUGCAGCAGUGACAAAACACUUUCCAGUUUGACGUUAUUUUUAGACCUGGCACGAAUGUUGCAGCCAAAUUCUUGAUUUUAGCCAGUCCUGAUGGUUUUGUCAGGACCAGCAGGGAGGAACUGAGACAGGAGAAGCGAAAUAGGAACAGGAAAAGGAACAAACUCCGUAGUUUGUGUGGUUGGAAGUUGGGAAUAGCUUUUUUAUCCUCUCGUUUACCUGAGUACAGCUCCGAGUCCCCAGAUGGGACAGGAGUGUAGAGACAUCAGAUUUUUCUCCCGUUUUGCUCCUGCCUUUUAAGUGGGAAACACUCCCCUCCCCUUGCCCGGUGUGUGGAGUACCUGCAUUCCAGUACACCCAUGUUCCAUCUUCCCAAAUCCGCCUCUGAAUGUCUGAAAUUCCAGCGUCGCACAAGAACUCUCCGAAGAUCAGGUUCCAUUUCCCUCAUGAAAUCCAGGGGAAGGGAGUGGGGUUAACCAGUCACCACGGACUGGCCAGAACUGCAAUAAAAAGGGAAUACCAGACAGAAAUCUGCUCCCAGGGAGGCCCUAGGGCUGACUCAAAGCCUUGGAUCCCAUGAGAAAUCCUUGGAGAUAUCACUGCCUUACUUCCUGCCAGUCAUUUAUUCCACCUCCUGAGUGCUGAGUUCCUUUGAACAGGUGAAUUUCUGGGAUUGGACCUUGUGUCUUACACGAGCAGUGAAGCCUUAGAUCCAAUGGGAUUGAAAACUGACCCCACCUGACCAUUUUGUACAACCAGAGCCUCCCGAAAUUCCCCACCUCGUGCGUGCCCUAAAAUUGGCACAGUUGUGCUGAACUUGCAUUUUUCAUGCAGGUUCUUGGCAAAACUGCUCAUUUUUUCAAGAGUGACCAUCCUUAACUUUCCUAUUUGCUUGUUUUCCUCCCAGAGCCUGCUGAAGUCAGGCUUUGACAGCAUGUAGCACUAAAGGAAUUUCUGGAAUAUUAUGGUUUCUUCUUUCUGGACCAGCUGGCAAAGCCCACUGGCGUUUCCAGCGUCCUGGAGCCUCGUUAUCUUCUCGAGGUUAACGAGAGCAGUCAUUAAUCUCCCUUGGGGGACACCCCACACUGACACGUCUCCAGCAGCACUGAAAGGUGGCAGAUGAUGAUUAAUUAUUUGUAAUAACUCCACUGUCCAACAGGCAGCUCCAGCCCCGCUGGGUGAUCCCAGUGGACCCGUUCCCAGGAUAAAAGUGGGAAUGCCUGCAUCCACUGGAGUCACAGAGUGGGGAUGGACCUGCCAGCCCUGGUGCUGCCCGAUUUCCUCCGCCUGAAGAUGCCCAAGGAGCUGAGGAAACACGGCAGGAUCCGGCCUGGGAGCAGCAGCUGCAGCUGCCUCCUCCAGCAUUCCCUGCUCCAGGAAGUGCCCAGCCCUUUCCCCAUGUACAGCACAGCACCUGCAUGAGAAAGGAGGCCUGAGGAGAACAUUGCUCUCAGCCUUGCCCAGUGCCCUGUUAGUGCAUGGCAGUCCUGGUGGCAGGGGAGCCCUAGAACCCUCCCAGCAGCUGCUUCUCCUCCUCCUGCAGUAGCAUUAGGGAUCAUUAGGGAUCAUUAGGGAUCAGCUCAUUAACUGCUUGCAGAUAUUUGCAGAUUUGCAGGUCGCUGCCAAGCACCCACAUAGAUUUUUUAGAGCCUUUUGGAGCCUUGUUUUUAAGUCUUCCACGUCAGGCCAGGCAAGGGAAGGAUCCACACCUGCACAAACCCAGCCCCUGAAGCAUCUCAAGUGCCAAAACUGCUUGGGUUGGAUAGAAAGAAGCUUGUGAGGGAAGUCUUGGAUUGUCCUGAGGUCCUUUAUUACCUGGGCUUAAAUUGGAUUUAGUCCCGUGUGUAAUUAAUUUCUCCCACUGCCCAUUCCAUUUUAACACAGGGCACCAGUCAGGAGUGAUCCAGGUUUCCUUCCUUGCGGGGGAUGUUUAUCCUUUGAAGAUAGAUACAUCUGUAAGUACAAACGUGCCAGCUGUGCUGUAGAUUCUUCAUUUAUCCAAAAGAGUCUGUUUUAAACACACUGUAAUGAGUGAAAGCAGUGCUGGGGAUCGGAAUUUCUGUCAGAAUUCCAGCACUGCUGUAUUGGGAGUGAUUUCAAACUGGGAAGUUCAUGUCUUCCUGACUUUAUUCAGACCCAUUUUCCAGGCCCUGCAUCAUUUCUCCUUGUCGUUACAGCCCUGUUGAAGAUCAGAGCUCUGUCCCCAGCUCUGGCUCAGGGCCAGGAGGAAUUUUUUUACAGUUUUGUUGUUAUCUGAGCUCCUCACUGGGACACUCUGGGAUUGAUGAUUUAGCCAAUGAAGGUGAGAAAAACAAUCUCUGCAGACAAAAUUCGGUGCGUUCCUACGUUUGUGAAUCAAUUAAUGAAGGAUUUUAAAGCUCUUAAACCCACUUUAGAGAUUGUUAAUUGUGAAAUUUUAACUCCAGACCCUUUCUCUGGGGCAAGUUGUAUUAGACAUGUUCAGGUUCUUUUACUGGUGCCAAACAUUUAUCCCGUGGGAUUUACCCAGCUGAUGAUAUUUGUAACUUUGUGUUCAGUUUGAUGCCAAAUCCUCAGAAAUCAGUUUGGUCUCAGCUCCGCAGAAUUCCCUGAAACAUCCCAGGAUCUCCUGCCUUUCCUGACUUUACCAUUCCAGAAUAAUUUUGCUAAUCCUGUUGCUCCAUAACCCACUGAUUUGGGUAAGUCAGGGUUUCUGAUACCCAUUUUUAAUUCAAUAAUGGAUUAAAUGUGUCCUCUUUCUUUGCCAAGUUCAGUCCUUCUGAAGCUUGUCCUUGAUUCCCGAUGGUUUUUUAAGGCAAAAUAAUUGGAGACCACAAAUGAAAAAAAUCAGAGUUUGUUUUAUAUGGGAAAAUAAAGGUGUGUCUUUAAAAAUAAAGGGAAACUUUAAUAAUGUUGUGAAAUAUAUGUAAGGAAUUAACUUGGAGGAAGAGCAAAAAGUGUUCCUUAGGGUUGAAAUGUUAGGAUUGAAAUUUAAGAUUUCUUUCAUUAUGUGUGGAAUCCACUCAAGGAUUGGAGUACUGUCAGUAAAUCCAUACAAGGAAUUUGGGGAGAAGGUGGGAAUUCUUUAAAAUGUUCCUGAGUGUGUCAUUCCUUUAUUCCUUUGGAACUGGGAGUAGCCUUGGCUUGGUCUCAGGGAUGGUUUUUAGACCUGCCUUCUCCCCCCAGAUUCCCACCUGGAGCAGAUCCCACUCCUGUCUUCUCCAGGAGCAAGGUCUGACCAGAAAUGUCCCCUCCUGACCAUCACCUGCCUUACCAGUGUUCCCUGAAAACCAAAAUGUUCUUAAAUUUACCCCCCUUGUCCCCUCCGGAGGGAAUUCCCGGAGUGAGGAGAUCUCAUGGGCAGGACGAAAUAAUCUGUUCUACCAACGGUGUAAAACCAGAGCAAGGAAAAAAAGCACAUCUGUAAUAGCACAAAUUUCCCAGAAUCCCACUCCUGCCUUUGGCAUCGUGUUUUUGGGGAGCAGGGGGCAGUUUUUGACCCAGCAGCAGUGGAUUUAUGGCAUUUUUGAUCCCUUUCCUCGCUGCCUGAUCCUUCAGCAGCUGGUUUUGGCAUUUUGCACACGGGAUUGAUUUUUCAAUAACCUGUAUUCCUUCCAUGUCAGUGAAUUAAAUGACAGAAGCUUUUAAAAUCCAAGAGCCCAGUGCAUCCAUUUCUGCUGGAAUCACAUAAAUUCCUUCAGUUUUGGCCAGUGUGUAGAUUUUGGGGUGUGACUGAUGAAUAUCCCACGGCACACCAGGGGCUACCGAGGUCAGGAAUGAGAGACUCCCAGCAAAGAUAUUUUUGAGGGCUCCAGAGCUCUGAGGUGGGGGAGAGAAGAGUCACAGCACCCAAAAAUUCCACUGAUAAUAUUCCUGAGAAUUUCAAACCUAAAGGGAAGUGAGGUGUGUGGGGCCAAGGGCUGGGACACACCUGAGUCUCUUCUCGUGCAGAGAGGGAGAGUCAGCCAGGCCCUAAAUCACCCCAAAUGCAAAUCCUGGGUAAGUGGAGGGGGAAGAAGGAUGGGAACAGUCAUUCCAACUGCAAACUCUGCACCUUGGGCUUCUCAGACCCCGGGAAAUCUCUGUUUCUCAGCCAAACUGGGUCCCAGGGGGAGCUGGGCAGCGCUGCCUGCAGCCUCCCUGGGAGCCAGGCCAGAGUCUGGUGAAGACACUGCUGCCUUUGCUGGGAAAACACUUCCCCAAGCUGGUGUUUUCUGCUGGUUUGCCCUUUGUUUCCCCCCUAGAUCCUGUGUGUGUAGCACCCGACAAGGCAUGUGGGUCCAAUAUACUAUGCAAUGUGUACAGUGGUGCAUGCUCUGCUCUCCCUCUGCUUUUAGUGGCUUUCAAAGAAAAACUCAAAAAAAAAAAAAAAGGAAAAAAAUUAUAAAUAAAAUAAAACUAAAAGUGGUGUUAUUUUUGUGACCAGGAUCAUGCAGACUUGCAUGCCCAUAGUAUCCUCAUUUCUAUGGAUUCGUUUUCUGGAAUUUAGAUGUACAAAAGAUGAACUGCAUUACAAUUAACUUUUCUACAAUAAAUGAGCCAAAAGUACAAACUGC